AGUCCAGUUUCUGGAGAAGGGAACUGGGGGGAGUGAACCCUGAGGGCGCGGGUCGGGGCUGCCAGCCGGGACGGGACGCGGGGCCGGGGAUGAGGUGACAGCCGCCAUGGCGAACGAUGGGGGCAGGAAGCAGUUCUGGAAGCGGAGCGGCACGAAAGUGCCGGGCAGUAUCCAACAUGUGUAUGGAGCUCAGCAUCCGCCUUUUGAUCCACUGCUGCAUGGAACCUUGAUAAAACCGGGUUCAAAGCCACCUACAACUCCGGUGAAACUAAAGAAAGUCAGCACCUUCCAAGAGUUUGAAAGUAAUACAAGCGAUGCUUGGGAUCUUGGGGAUGACGAUGAUGAGCUCUUAGCAAUAGCUGCUGAAAACUUAAAUACAGAAGUGGUCAUGGAAACGGCUCACAAAGUAAUUCAGAAUCACAGCAAGUUACAAGAACAGCAUAAAUUUCUGGAAGAGCAUCCACAGGAAGAAAAACAAGUGGAAUCGGCAGAGCUGUCUGCAGUCACAUGUGGUGAUAAUAGGCUCGUUAAGUCAGUCAGUGAAGGUCAUACAUCAAGUUCAUCAGAUAAUGCUAGUGAAAAUUCUUCCAUGCAGAGAUCACAGUCCCUUCCACAAACUUCCACACCUCCUUUGGUGAGUGGAAUGGCAGACUUCAGUACCUCAGUUACUCCUGCAUUAACUGAAAGAGAAGCAUCCCGAUUAGACAAAUUUAAGCAGCUACUUGCUGGCCCCAACACAGAUCUUGAAGAAUUACGGAAAUUGAGUUGGUCUGGAGUUCCCAAACGAGUUCGUCCCAUUGCAUGGAAGCUGCUUUCAGGUUACCUGCCUGCAAAUGUGGACCGAAGAGAAAGCACUUUACAAAGGAAACGAAAGGAGUAUUUUGCAUUUGUUGAACAAUACUAUGACUCCAGAAAUGAUGAGAGUCAUCAAGAUACCUAUAGACAGAUUCAUAUAGAUAUCCCGCGCAUGAGCCCUGAAGUUCUAAGACUUCAGCCCAAAGUAACAGAGAUCUUUGAAAGAAUUUUGUUUAUCUGGGCUAUCCGUCACCCAGCCAGUGGAUAUGUUCAGGGCAUAAAUGAUCUCGUUACUCCUUUUUUCGUAGUCUUCGUUUGUGAAUAUAUAGAAGAAGAAGAAGUGGAAAAUUUUGAUGUUUCCAGUCUGCCUGAAGAAGUACUGCAGAACAUAGAAGCUGACAGUUAUUGGUGCAUGAGCAAGUUGCUUGAUGGCAUUCAGGAUAAUUACACAUUUGCACAGCCGGGAAUUCAAAAGAAAGUGAAAAUGUUGGAAGAGCUUGUUAGUCGGAUCGAUGAACAAGUUCAUAGACACUUGGAUCAGCAUGAGGUGAAAUAUUUGCAAUUUGCUUUCCGAUGGAUGAAUAACUUACUGAUGAGAGAAGUCCCUUUACGAUGUACCAUCAGAUUAUGGGACACAUACCAAUCUGAACCAGAGGGGUUUUCUCACUUCCACUUGUAUGUCUGUGCUGCCUUCCUUGUCAGGUGGAGGAAGGAGAUUCUGGAGGAGAAGGACUUUCAGGAAUUGCUGAUAUUUUUACAGAAUUUGCCCACAGCACACUGGGGAAAUGAAGAAAUCAGUGUACUCCUAGCAGAGGCCUACAGACUGAAGUUUGCAUUUGCAGAUGCCCCCAAUCAUUACAAGAAAUGAAUAUGAAGAUCCAGAAAUUAUUAAGACCAAUGUGUUCUGCAGUAUUAUGGCAUCUGUUGUUAUGAUUGUGAUUUCAGCUCAUUGUUCUUCCAUUUGAAUUGAGAUGACCAUUAAAAUCCUGUUGGAAUUUGGAAAAUGAGAACAGAAUACCAAAGGAAUGGACAAAAAAGGAUAUUGAGCAAUGAAUGAAUUUAAGUUAAAAGAGAACUUCUUUGUUCAGCACGAAAAAUUAAUUCAGAAGUCUAUCACAUAAUUGUCUUCUUUUUUCCCCUCCUAUAAUUUGGUGAAAUGGAGUUGAAUAUAUGUUGAACAAUUCUUAUACAUACCUGAGUCUUAGAAUUUCUCAGAAUGAUUUUGUGACUGUUUUGUUUUUAUGUCAUGACUUUAACAGGCAGUUGGAAUUACUCCUUUUGGAUGAGAAAAACAAAGCUCUUCACAGUCACAAAGACCGUUUGAGGCAGCAAGACCUGUGUUUGGAGGUCUGUUUAUAACCAGGACGAUGCUGAUGUUCUCAUACCAUCUUUCACUGUUCCAUGGAGUGAGGUUAGAAUGAUACAAGAAAAUAAAAGGGUGCAGUGGAAAUUGAUGGCAUUUUGUAAACAUUAUUCAGCAUUGUUGGGUGUUGUAGGUUUUUAGCCAUACGAAGAAGUGACUUUAUGCCUAAGACUCAUCAGUGACACUAAGAUAAGUUCCUCUUUAUAUAUUCUGGAGUGUUUUUAAAAUAUUGAAUGGAAGAUGUGGUAUUGUUACAGUAAUUAAAGCCUUUCUUUCAGGGCCUUUCAGUUUUUCAUUAUUAGAUUUCACUUUUAAGAAUCUUACUAAGAAGCUUGGUUUACAAAGCAAGAUAUAUUUUUAUCUCAGUUGUUGCCUUAUUCUCUAUUUCUAGUGUAUUAGAAAAGGAAAAUUAAUAUAUCUGUUCAAAGCUCAUUUGUUAAAUAAUUUAGUACCUUUUUUCUUAUUAUUUCAGAGGAAGUGAGGAGAUGGUUCCCAAUAACUGUACACACAGCUCACUUUUACAACAUGAGCAGAAUACAAAUUCUGUGUGACUGUGCAGAAUGAAAGCAGUGUUUCUUGAAAUAAUCGUGGGAUUCGGAAUAAUUUUGCUGAACUUACACAAUUUAUGUCCACUUAUUCUCAAGAAAUCUGUUCAGAUAAGAAUUCUCUAUUAGACGUAACUAAACUCAUGUUAAUUUGUGCCUUCCAUAAACACUUGGGUUAUUAAGGGUGACACUUGCAGUAAGCAAGAUACUAGAAGCUCUGAAUAUUCAUCAGUUCAGUUCUAGAGUAGCACAGUGUCACACCAAAAGUAUAGUGCACUUUUAAGUUUGGGAAAUGAAGUUCUUUCAAGAGGUAUUCUCCUAUGACUUGUUAUGGAAGAUUAAAGAUCCUAAAAAUACAUAGAUAUGUAUUUUGAUGAAAGCUUUGUAGACAUAUUAGUUGCAUUACUUAUUUUAGGGGCUUUAGUUCUUGACAUCAACUGUAUAAUAAUAAGUUGUUUCAGGGUAAAAAGAAUGCAAUACAUGUCAUAAUGAGAUCCGUGUUUUAAAAUUAUGUGAACUCUAUGGUAGAAGAGAAAGCAAGGAAUUAAUUCCGAAGCAGGAGGAUUUGCUGACGAGGAUGCACUUCUGUCCCACUGACAGCAGCUGGGGGUUGCAGUUGUGAUGGCCACAAAUGGAUGCCUCCUGGAUUGCUGCACCUUGCCUGGGGUCUGUAGUGGGGCUCUGUUUCUGAAACGUGUGUAAAUCGUUUCCGUAAGUUCACGUUACAGCUCUGAUGUAUGGAGAUUUGUCUUUAUGUUUACAAAGAACGUCAUAUUGUGCCUAACAGAAUAGCUACUAAUAACAGAGUAAAAGAAAUGUAUGACCGUUUGCUUUAGUCUUUGUAUUCACAUUAAUUUGUUAAUAGAAAAGCAUAUUAUUGUAACUAGAGAAAAGACACACAGCAUUAAAUGUACAAUGUUGUAAGAGAUUUCUAUAAUAAUUAUUAUUUUUUAAUUGAGAUGUUGUUUAGGUAGCUACACCUAACAUGGAAAGUUGACCCAAAGUUGUCUGCAGUGUCAGAUGCUUCUGCGUCGCACACACGGGUCUGGAUGCAUAGAAUUCCUUAUGGGUCCAUGCAAGUUGUCUGCCACGUCUUCCCAAUACAGCAGCUGUCUCUGACUUCCCUUGGAAGAAAGCAUUACCAUCAGAGGUUGCCUCUACUACCGUGUCUGUGUCAGAAGUUGAAUAUUGUACUUGAGCACAUUGCUUUUAAGCAAGUGAGACGUUUCCUAAUAUCGAUGCUUAUUUAUAUAGAUACAGAUUUUUCUGGAAAAUAAGAGAUGGAUAUAUAAAUAAGGUUUAUAUAUCUGUACAGAUAGGAAUCAUUUGCAGUAAAUAGAUGGCCAACAUUUAUGUAACAUUUCAUGUGUUUCCAUACAUUUUAAAUUUCCAUGAAAUAUUUCACUCAGAACAGAAGCAACCAACCACCUUACACUGAACAAUUGUACAUCUCAGGAAAAAUGUCAUUCCAAGCAUAAUGCUACACAGAACAGGAAAUAACAUUCUCGUUGUUACAUCCCACAUUCAACAAUAUUUUUUUUUUUUUUUUCAAAACUCGAAGUUCUAAAUAUUGUAAAAUUCCUUUGUAAUAUCUAUUUUCUUAGGAAGGAGGCACCCGGACACAUCACUGGUGAAACCAGGCAGUAAUUUGCUAGAAAUGAUGUGAAAUACUGAAAUUGCAGUGUCCAAAAUGCAUUAAAGAAUUUCUGUAACAAAAAUUUAAACAGGAAUGUACAAUAUAAACAGAUUUAUGACUACAGUAUUUGAAAUAUGUAAAUAGUAAGCAAUUACUCAAGUAUGUAAAUACAAUACACGGAAUAGGAUAGAAUUGUAAGUUGGAAAUCUUAUGUAACACUGUAAUAUGUUAUAAGAAAUUAAUUGCUUUUUUUUUUUUUUUUUUUUUUCUGCUCCGUUCCAUAUGGAAAGGACCAUUAAUUUGUUUUUUACUUCAGAACUGUAUAAUAAAAGUAUCUGAAGUUCCAUUGUAUGCUUCUGACAAAUACAAGCACUGAGGCACUGGUUACAUCUGUAAAACUGAUGAAAGAUGAGGAAAUAAAUGCAUAUUUAUGAAGUGCUGUA